UUCACAUCGACUAAGAAACCACAUUAAAAUCCAACUGUUUAUUCUCCCUCGCUUCUUCUUUCCUUUUUUUUCUUUACGUCGUAAAUAUUCGAAUCCCGUCAAAAACAAGACGGGGUUUGUUUGGAGAUGCCGAGCAGCAACUCCACCUGUGUGAGUCCACGCAGCAGCGGCCCCGCCACCCACCGCCGCCGCGCCGUAGAUUAUUCAACAUCCGAAGACGAAGUGGACGUGGUCGCCGGAGUUUCGCACCACCGUAAAGCUCCGGCGGGGACGUGUUUGGUCAUGCCGGAGAGUUGGGUCUGGAGGGUGGAGGAUUACGUGGCGGAGCUGACAAAAGGUGUGAAUUCGUGGAAGUCGAGGAAGAACACGGGCCGUCGGAUCGUGGGAGGAUUGAUGGUGACGAUGAUGGUGUUCAUGAUGUUUUUAAAGAGUUCGUAUAAUGAUGUGGAAAUGAUUAGUGGUGGGAAACAUAACAGGAGAUUAAACGGGUUGUUUACUAUGCAAACAUGGAGUAAUCAUCAUCAAAGUGUUGUUCUGUCGGAAGAGAUUAAGACUUCGGUUGUUUCAUCCAUGCCCAAGAGAGUUCUGGAAAAAUACCCUGUGCCAGAAAUAUGGAUGAAAACAGAUAGUGAUGACUACUAUCAAUGCAUUGUUCGGAAGAAUGAUCGAACAAGGAACAGAAUGGCAACGAAUGGUUACAUAUUGGUUCAUGCCAAUGGUGGACUGAAUCAAAUGAGAACUGGAAUUUGUGACAUGGUUGCCAUUGCAAAAAUCAUGAAUGCAACUCUUGUUCUUCCUUCGCUUGAUCAUGAUUCCUUUUGGACGGAUCCAAGUGAUUUUAAAGAUAUUUUUGACUGGAAGCAUUUCAUUCAAGUAUUAAAAGAAGAUAUUGAGAUAGUCGAGAAACUGCCACCACGUUUCGCAGCUAAGAAACCCUAUCUAAAGGCUCCUGUUUCCUGGUCUAAGGCGAGUUACUACAGAGGGGAGAUGGUUUCGUUGUUAAAAAAACACAAGGUGAUCAAGUUUACACAUACUGAUUCUCGACUUGCCAACAAUGGCAUCGCAGGCGCUAUCCAGAGACUUAGGUGUCGAUCCAAUUAUGAGGCUCUUCGUUACACAGAAGAGAUAGAAGAGCUUGGAAAGAUAUUGGUAAAUCGACUGAAGAAUGAAGACUCGCCGUAUAUUGCUCUACAUCUAAGAUACGAAAAGGACAUGCUUGCAUUUACCGGAUGCAGCCACAAUCUAACUGCAGAUGAAGCUCAGGAACUCCGUGCUAUGAGGUACAGUGUCAAGCACUGGAAAGAGAAAGAAAUAGACAGUUAUGAGAAAAGAUUGCAAGGUGGCUGCCCAAUGUCGCCACGAGAGGCAGCUGUUUUCCUCAAAGCUAUGGGCUAUCCUUCCUCAACGAAGAUUUACAUUGUUGCAGGGGAAAUUUUUGGUGGUAACAGCAUGGAUGCACUCAAAUCAGAGUAUCCGAAUGUUUUCACUCACUCUACUCUAGCCACGGAGAUGGAAUUAGAGCCCUUUAGGCACUAUCAGAAUCGUCUUGCUGCUUUAGACUACAUUGUGGCAUUGGAAAGUGAUGCAUUUGUUUACACUUAUGAUGGUAACAUGGCAAAAUCAGUACAGGGGCAUAGAAGGUUUCAAGGAUUCCGAAAGACGAUCAACCCCAAUAGAUUGGGGUUUGUGAAGUUGAUAGAUCAGUUCGAUGAUGGGACUAUAACUUGGGAACAGUUUUCCUCCGAGGUGAAGAGCUUACACUUGUACAGACUUGGGACUCCUUAUCUUAGACAGAGGGGUGAAACGCCAAGAUCAGAGGAAAAUUUUUAUGCAAACCCUCUACCCGGUUGUGUUUGUAAUAGAUCGGAGAAGAAAAUCAGAGGCAGACGACAAUACAGGAGUCCAAGUCUCAAUGCUGCUGCAUAGGGAGAUAGAUUUGUGUUUUUGUUAGGAUACAUGAAACCUUUUUGGCUUUGAGCUGGGGAGCAGUGCAGUCACAGGUAGAUGUCUCUGGUUUCAGUGAUCUUGCACAGAGGCAUUUUUGCUUGUUUGAGGCUUAAUUUUAUUGUACAUAGAGAAAACGGAGAACAGAAGCAUCAUUGAAGAAGAGGCAUCGAAGCGAUCAGUGACAUCCAUGCUUUACUUGCAAUCUGCAGCAAUGGUAGAAGUAGAUCAAUUUUUCACCAAGUAUAGAUAGGUUAUUCUUUAUUCUUUGAUAGAUUUUAGUUCCACAGUUUGCCAAUAUAUCCUAUUUUCUCUAUUGCUUUCAAACACUUA